AUGUUUUUAAAAGCUAAAACACCACGAUUUCUCUCAUCGUCGGGCGCGUCAUCAACGGGAUCCGUUAUCUCACCAAGUGAAGAAGGUUUCCGACAAAGAUCAAAAACGAUGUCACCAAAAUGGCAGUAUACGAGUAAGGAUGACGAAGAAAAGUUACCUGCUUCAGCUUAUCCUGAACAGCUGCCUUCGCCCUGUGAUGUUAAGCCAUAUAUAGGGCUUCGUGCAAAGUUGUCAUUAGCCUGGGUUGCCUAUCCCAUAAUAUCAUUAUUCAUUAUCGUCCUUCGUUUGAUCUUUGUUAUGUCCUCGAUUCAACCUUUUGUUAAUGACGUUAAAGCUGAUGCCAUGAAAGCGUGUGGCGCCCUGGAAUUAGCAACUUCCACUAUCACUUCUUUACCCCAUUUUACGGCAGAUGGAUUUAAUCGUGCAACCGUGAAUGUAGUAAAUCUAUCUAUCAAAGGAUUCACGGAGACCCUUGAUCUAUCCAUAUUAGCCCUUGAAGGUAUCAUCUUCUGGAUAAUAAAGGUGUUCCGAAGCACCUAUAAAUGUUUGUUAGAAUUGUCAGUACGUGCUUCCGUGAGCAUUUCACUGGAAACUGUUAACGCGUUACAACAAUUCACCACCACACAACUUGGGACAAUUAAGUCUGGUAUUGACGAUGAAGUAAAAAAUCUAAAUUCCGCUCUUGACGGUAUUAGGUCAAAAGUUAUCGGAAUCCAGAUUCCGACGGUCUCUAUUUCUUCGGCAGAUUCAUUGAAUCAGUUUAGCCUUCCCAUAAAUAUAAUUUCCGGAUUAGAAACAUUAAACAACAGCAUUCCCAGCAUGGAAGACAUUGAAUCAAAAUUAGACGCUAUUAUAUCGACGCCACUUGAGGAUCUUCGUAAGGUCGUCAAAACCUCAAUGUCAAAUGUCCGAUUCGACGAAUCCCUUUUACCAGUACCACCGAAAAACAAAGUAGAAUUUUGUGCCCAACAUCUGGACCUUAGUGUUCUCGAUGAAUUAGCUCAAGACCUCAUUAAGGCAGCGCGCAUUGGAAUUGCCAUAGUAGCAAUCCUCGGUCUAUUGAUGAUUAUAGCAAAUGCUAUUUAUAUCAAGUUCUCUCAUUGGCGAUUCAUGGUCCACGUGGAUCGCACCACCGUCACAAUCCAAUUGGUAAACAUCACAUACACUCGAGAAUCGACGAUUGAACUUAUCAAGAUUGCGGAUCAUCCCUUGAUCUCACGAUGGAUCAUCAAAUCAUCGAAAUUCUUCAAGAGAUCAGAAAACCGGAAUUUGUAUCGUUGGUUUUGGGAUUACAUCCUCCAUCGGCCAGCCAUAAUCGUUUUGUUGAUAGGAAUAGUUGGUAUAUUGGGAAUUUACGUGCAAAUUUUGAUCCUGAAUGUCGUUCGUCAAAAUUAUCGUGAACCCAUAAAACAAACAAUCAAUACUUUCGGUAAUGCGGUCAUGAAUCUAGUAAAUAGCCAGAUGAAUUCGACCUCAAUAAAGUUUGCGAGUGAUAGCAACUUCGUCAUUGCGGAUCUUGAGAAAGUUGUUAAUAAUGACUUAUUUGGUUGGGUCAACAUUACCACCACGGCUAUAAACAAUACGUUGAAUUCAGCGGUGGAUGAAAUUACCGGAGUAAUUAACACCGUUUUUGGAGGAGUCCCGAUUUUAGCCGAUGCCGUGCAAAAACUAAUUGGAUGCUUGAUUUUCGUGAAAGUUCAAGGGAUCCAAAAAGGUCUGAAGUUUAUCUCGGAUAACGCGUAUGUGGAGCUACCAAAGGUGAAGGAUACGGUGUUGGUAAUUAGUCAGAAUAGAAUGCAAGAGGUUGUUAAUGAGGCCACCGACAAGUUGGUUGGACCCCAAAAUGCGACUAGCGCUGAUUCAACGUCAGAUAAUAGCGGAGGUGAGAUCGGACGAAUCUUCGAUAAAUAUGAAGAGGCACUAAGAAACGAACUGUACGUCUUUUGGAUAAUGCUUUCUGUGUAUGGAAUUGUUGUAUUGAUGGGAUUUAUCAGGGUUGCGUGGUUCUUGUAUGAACGAAGGAAGAAGAAAAAAAGAGUGACCGACGAGAAGAUUUAUUCCGAUGACGAAAAAAAACCACCGUCGCAUUAUCAUCAGUCUAACACAUCACCAUCACCAAUGAAAUUUUUCAGGAAUAGCGUGUCGUCAUUAAAUCAAUCAAUGUAUGAAACAAGGUAUAACAGGGAUUUGAACGCGAACAUUGAGAAACGGAACAUGAACGAAGAUGGCAAUAAUGUAAAUAAUUAUGAUAGAAACCAUAAAAACCCGUUUGAUGACACUAAUUCCUUGGGAAACACAAGAAAACCGCCACUGCCACCGAAACCACUAUACCUCCGACCAGAAACCUUGUUAAAUUAG